AGUCGCGAUCUUGGGGUUGGACAGAUCCCGUGCGGGGAGACAAGCAACCUGGCUGGAGACGAACAUCUAGACACUUGCAUCUAGGUAUACCGAACACCCGUUGGACUGUUUUCCGAACGGGCCACUCGGCCCCCUUGCAAGACUGGUCGUUCCUACCGUUCCGACCGUACUUUCCAGAGCAAACCUUGGGAACCCCUCGUUGGAAUCCAAACACACCCACCCACAAGCCCAAGGACGGCGGCUCCUUGCAUGCAGACAUGAUGGGCCGCGGCUUGACUUGGCGGGCACCGGGCCUGUCCAAGAUUUUCCAGGCCGUGAUGCCAGCCGCUGGGCGCAGCGAUCCGAUACCACGAUGGAGGAGAGCGUUUGCUAGCGACACAACGGCCGGUGGCAGCUCUGGAACCACCAAUCCUCCAAAGACCUUGGACUCGAUGUUGCAACUGGGCAACCUGCUACCCAGCGGAUCGGCCAGCGCGCGUAUCAGCACGCGCAUCGACGAUAGCUCCCUGGAUAACUUCACCAACACGUCACUGGACGAGUUUGAGCGCAAGAAGACGACCAACAGCAGCAAAGAGCCGUGGCAUUUCCACAUCUUCAGCCACAAGCACAAUACGCACAUCACCAUCACCACCCCCGACCGCAGCCCCGUCAUCUCGAUGUCGUGCGGGAACCUGGGCUUCAAGAAGUCGGGGCGCAAGCACUACGACUCGGCAUACCAGCUCGGCGCGUACGUGAUCGACAAGCUCCAGCAGAUGGGCAAGCAUAAGGAUAUAGACCAGCUAGAGAUUUGCAUGCGCGGCUUCGGGCCCGGCCGUGAUGCUGUGAUAAAGAUUCUGCUGGGCAACGAAGGGAGGUUGCUCCGUCCCAAGAUCAUCCGCGUGUCGGAUUCCACGAGACUAAAAUUCGGAGGCACGAGGAGUAAGAAGCCGAGACGUUUGGGCUGAUGCCGUUCGCCCUGCUUUGUUUCGUCUUUGGAAAGGCUACGACAUAGCGUCCACUGUCCCUUGGCAGUGGCGCAAGGACACGUGUGGCGCCUCGUGUUUUGUACGAUCAAGUCUGCGUUACCUACCACCGGCCGACGUAUGUCCGUCUACCAUAUCUAUACACCUUACCUAGACAUCUCCAACCGCUUGCAUCAUCCUCUGUGUCGAGCGGUCAGGC